CAUCAUCUCACAAUAAAAUGCCACCCAAAACUAGCGGUAAGGCUGCCAAAAAAGCGGGCAAGGCGCAGAAGAAUAUCUCAAAAUCUGACAAGAAAAAGAAGCGCAGGAGGAAGGAAAGUUACGCAAUUUACAUCUACAAAGUACUGAAGCAGGUACAUCCCGAUACGGGUAUAUCCAGCAAAGCGAUGAGCAUCAUGAACAGCUUCGUCAACGAUAUUUUCGAACGUAUCGCUGCGGAAGCUUCCAGAUUGGCACAUUACAACAAACGUGCCACGAUAACUAGCAGAGAAAUUCAGACAGCCGUACGACUAUUGCUACCGGGAGAAUUGGCCAAGCACGCAGUCAGCGAAGGUACCAAAGCCGUCACCAAGUACACCAGUUCAAAAUAA